CCCGCGUCUAGACGUUAGGAGUACUUCGGCGAAAUGUUUCUCCGAACAAAUUCAUGAAGGCCAGCGCUGAUGCUCAAACUUCUUGCACUUCGACAACGUCUUCUGCACCGGUCCCGUAACCUUGAAUCUCUUCUUGAUCCGGCCAUGGCUGCGGCGGAUGCGCCGGCAGGUCUCAUGGACAUCGCCAGUACUCUCUCCCAGGAUGAAAUUCCGUUCAAGCUGCGAUGUGCCAUUUGCAACAAGUUGGCGGUGAACGCUUUUCGCCUUCCUUGCUGUGACCAGUCCAUCUGCGAGACCUGCCAAACAUCUCUCCCCGAUACCUGCUCCGUAUGCGCGCACACACCAGUUUCGCCAGAACUGUGUAAACCAAAUAAGGCCCUGCGAACCACCCUCAAGGUCUUUUUGCGAACGGAAGAGAAGAAACGGGAGAAGGAAAGACAGUCGGCUGCGGUCACACCCGUGAUUCCCACCCCGGCAGAAAACGACGCAAUUCCCACAGAGACUGUUGCGGAGCAGAAGCAACUCGACGGAGCCCCGGUGGAGGUGCCUAAAAGCUCUGCACCUGCCGAGGCGAAGCCCGUUGAAGCUACGAAAGAGGAACCUACCGUAGAUGCGGCGGCUGACACGGAUGCGCCUGUAUCGACCGAGUCGGUAACUGAGCCUGAAACCAAUGGCCAUGCCGAAACAAAUGGUGACGAGGCUGCGGACGCUACAAACGACCCUGCUACCGAGGCAGAUGCCCAGCCUAUUACUAAUGGCCACGCCUCGGUCGAUGAUGAAUCUGCCGCAACGGAUCCAUCUCCACAAACCGAUGCCAACAUGGCGAACGCGGGCCCCGGAGGCUUCGCUGGCAUGGGUGGUUGGAAUGGAAAUAGCAACUUCAACGGAAUGAACCCUUACAUGGCCAAUCCCAUGUUCAAUUUCCCCAACGGUAUGGGAAUGCCUAUGACAAUGGACCCAAUGGCUGCAAAUCAGGGGAUGUUCGGAGAAUACGGAAUGAACAUGACUGGUAUGGGCAUGAACAUGGGAAUGAACUUCAACGGACAGGGCAUGUAUGGAUCCUUAGGAUGGGACGGCUCUCAGCAAAACAUGUGGCAGCAGGGCGGCCAAGAUAAAUUCAAUCCAAAUGCUUUCGCAAAUGGCACGGGCCCUCCCUAUGGAGGUGCAUUUGGCGGGUCUAAUAUGUCUUACCCUUCUAACUCGGACUACCAGUCUGGUUACUACGGGCCGGGAUAUGGCCGUGGAGGUGGGUAUCGUGGUCGUGGCCGUGGCUAUUAUCAAGGUGGUCCCGGUCGAGGUGGAUAUGGAGGCUCUGGACAAGGUCAUUUCCUUCCUAAUGGUAACUCUGGAUUUUCUAACGGCCAGCCUGGUCCCGCUGGUGCCUCGGCCCAACCCAAUGGAACUCCUGGCCAUCCUGAAGAGGCUUCUCAAAUGAAUGAGACUGCUGGUACAGACCCCGUAUCCAAUGGACACACACAAACUGCAGAUGGUGCCGCAGACCCGGCGACCGAGCCUAGUGCUCAAGAUAACCAAGGCCAACAAUUACAAGGCAUCCCCACUAUUGAUAGCUUGGAUCAAGCCUCUGGGCCCAUGCAGCAUAACGGCUAUCAAAAUCACAUGGCCCAGGGGUAUGGACGAGGUGGGUACAUGCGAGGUGGUUUCUCUGGAGGUCGCGGAGGUGGAUACUGGGGUGGAAUGCCUGGUUCGUAUCAGCCUCAGAUGGAGCCUCGAAAUCCUGGUGUUGAGGGCGCACCCGCCGCACCGCGUGCAAUGCGUCAGGGUCUCCCGAAUACGAGUGUGCUCCGCCAGCGCGCAUUCCACGUUCAUGGGAAGGCAUCAAUUGGCAGUAAUACCCCGGCCACGUCCCAAAGGGCAAACUCUGAAGCUCCACAGGACGCUGCGCGCACUCGAUCACCCUCGAGAGCUCCUUCUCAAACUCAGGGACCAGGAUCACGAUCUCGCUCGCCAUCUCAAAGCCGAGCUUCCCGAGCUCACUCAACUAUUGACGAUAAUCGGGACAGCCACCGCGAGACAGACACAAAACGACCAGAUGUCGUGCAAGAACUCAAGCAAGCUGACCGUCGUUCGCGCUCUCCGUCACGGAUGUCAUCUCGUCGAUCAUCACGACGCAGAGAUCGUGACGAGGAUCGAGACCGAAGAAGUGGGCACCGUUCACACCGGUCUCGUCGCCAUCAUAGCCGAAGCGUCAGUCGCAGUCGCAGCCCCACGCGGAAUGGAGACGCACGCUACCCUGAUCGUCUAAAGCAGAUUGCCGAGGGAAAUGAACCCAACGGUCACGGCAAGGCAGCUACUGAGACUAACGAUCGUGGGGAUCUGGCCAGUCGUAUCAGUAACGGCCACCGAUCUGGCAGGGAUGGACCCAGUCGACGUGAGGACAAUCGGGAUCGGGAUCGGGAUCGGGAACGGGAACGGGACCGGGCUCGAGAUGGUCGUCGUCGUGAAAGAGACCGAGACCAGGAUAGGCGCGAUCGGGAUCGCGAUCGGGAUUCAGAGCGAGAGCGCCGUCAAAAUCGAGAUCGGGACAGAGACAGAGACAGAGAGCGGGACCGUGGUCGUGACCGCGGUGCUGAUCGCGAGAAAGAGCGCAAGCGUCGUCGUGGUCGCUCCGAAUCCCCCAACGGCAACGAUCGCACCUCUCAGCCUCAAGCUCGCCGCGUGAAAACCAACGGCGAGGACCGGAAUCGCGAGCAACCACGAGCUCAGGCAGCAAAGUCUGAAUCUGAAAAAGAUCCUUACACUCUGGAACGGGAAGCCCGCAAUCGCGAACGUCUCCUACGUGAACAACAGAAUCGGGGUAGCGCCAAAACGAGCACCUCCAAGUCCAGUCACCGCCGCGAUAGCCGUCAGGAACGUCUAGUAGGUGGUCGGCGCAUCAAUUACAAAUACGAGGAUGAGCUUUAGCUGCAGCUCUCUCCAGUCUUGGGUCUGGUCCAGACCAGACUUGACUUGACUUGGCGAGAUCCAACACGACAGACAUUUCACGGCGUAUCAUUUGAUGAAACACAAAAGGCUCCAUCGCACGGGAAUGGCGUCCGGGAUAUCCCUUAUUCUUCUUUUGCUGAUUCCUCCUUGGGUUUUCUUACCCCUUUAUCAUUCCCAUUUACACUCUUCUUGGAUGUCUUUUAUUCUUUUUUUUUUUUUUUGAUAUCCCCCCAGUAGAUCUGGGUGGGGAUGGGCAUCGCAUUUGCGGCCCCGUAGAUAUGAAAUGGGUGAGAGGCACAGCGUCCUCGGUAGAUAGCUUACUCUGAAAGAAUCAAGGGUAUUCACUUAUUUGCUUCUGCUCGUCUAUUCACAAACGUACCCCCUAUGGACUCUACUAAUUAUACACUGUGAACCUCACACACAUCCCCCGCUCUCCUCACUCUCGACCCUAGACUCUAGCCCUGGUAGCAUGCUGAGUAAUAUCGAAGCUGUGCGAGGGCUUCAUAUCGUCCGCAACGGGAUAGUAAUCAGCACCCUUCAUCUGCAUAUCACGAGCAUAGUACUCGAAAUGCAGCGCAUUGUAGCUAAUAUCCAGAGUGACGAAACCGUUAGCCGCCUGCUGCUCAUUAGCACCGAGCCACUUGGUGAAAGGACCCAUGGGAACACCGUAGUUGCAAUCACCAGCCUCGGCGUAACCGGCACCACCGGUGAGAACGAAGGUGGUUCCGUUGAACUCGUAGUGGGCCAUGCAGUGGUCGUGGCCGUUGAUCACGACGGCGUUGUUCUCGCGGACAAUGUCCAUCAAGGGUGCGAGCUCGGUGUAGUUGGUGGACGAGGAGAUGAAACCGUGGUGGAUCUGCAGGAUCUUCCAGGUUGCGGUGGACUCGGCGAAGGCCUUGCGGAGGAAGUCGACUUGAGUCUGCGUCUGCUUGUGGCAUUCGAUGACGUAGUCGGUGUUGUAGACCGAGGUGCUCUGCUGGUACUUGUUGAUGAAGCAGUCCGAGUCGACGACGGCAAAGGUCGCGGUCCAGUUGGACCCCUUCAGGUCGUAGGUGUAGUAGGGCAGGUUGUCGUUGCCAAAGUACCACCGGUCUUCCAUGAGGGGCGCGAUGCGCGUCUGGAAGUCGACUCCGGCUUUGCCAGCGACGAUGUCGUGGUUGCCUAGGGCUUGGUACCAGGGCUUGCCGUCGAAGGCUUUGCCGACGUACAUGUUCGCCCAGCCCUCGUAGAAGCGCUGGAUACCUUCGGAAGUGAAGUCCACGCCACUGUCGUAGAAGUUGUCGCCGACAGACAUGAAGGCGGAGCAGUUCUUGUGGAGGCAGACCUUUUCGAUGUACUGAGCAGUGCGGGCUGUAAGGCGAUGUUUAGUAUUCA